AUGAGCAAGGAGAAGCCCAAGCGACGUCGCAGGUGCUGCGGUAUGCCAGUCUGGACAUUCGUGACGCUGCUGAUUGUAUUGCUGUUCAUCAUUGCUGCGGCUGUGGUGAUUCCAGUGGUGCUCAUUGUGAUUCCAAACAUGAACAAGGGCAACAACAGCGCUGCUCAGGGAGAUCAGAACGGUAACGGCGGUGGCAGUAAUGGCGGCAAUGGAAAUGGCAAUGGAAACGGCAAUGGCAACGGCAACAGUGUUACAAGCAACUCGCCACCCCGACCAGCACCAACACUAGCACCAGGAGACAAUCAGUGCGACGGUGUAAUAACUUGCCAGAACGGGGGCAUAUCAAUCCUGAACCCCGACCGCUCAUGUAACUGCGUCUGCAUCAAUGGCUUCACUGGUAGCACAUGUACGAACAAUGAUGCCACUGGAUGCACCACGACCACGAUCCCGGGAACUGCCAACAAUGCUACCAUGGGGACAGCGAUCUCUCGCCUUCUUGAUAGCACUGUGUCGGAGACCAACAUACCGCUGAACUCCACUCGGGUGCUUUCGCUCUUCUCGGAGCUAUCUCUCAGCUGCGCAGCGCAAAACGCACUCAUCACAUUCAACGGUCUUGCAUCUCGAUCCGAGAAACGAGCGCUCCACUCCAUCAACUUAAUGGCUAUCGGCGCGCCCGGAUCACCAGGACCAGCGGUCACGAAAGCUGCAGAACCUAGUGCAACCCCAACACAGCCAGUUUCCAGCAAUGUGGAGGCUCUUGAUUUUGCCCGUACAGGGGUGCUAUUUGCCAUGCAAGAAACCGGGGAGCUAGACGUCGCCGCAAAAGCACAGGAAAGCAUUCAAAACUUCCUUACGAGCAACCGCAACGGCAACGGCGGCAACAAUAAUGGUGGUAACAACAACAAUGGCGGCAACAGCAAUCUCAACAUAGGGCCAUUUAGGAUGGAUCUUGUCCAACUCACCAUCACCUUGAACAACGGCACCGUCAUCCGCGCUUCAUCAUCUCCGUCAUAG